CUACAAUACUCUCUGAGUUAUAGCCUCACAAUAAGAAUUGGAAACAUUUUUCCAUAACAAGAGAGCGUCUCAGAGUGAAGUUCUCAUGGCGUCUCUACAUGCAUUGCUGAUUCUGUGCGUAUGUGCCACAGCCCUGAGUUUGCCAACAUCUUCACUCACAGGCAGUACAGAGAUUGAUGUGGAUAAUGGAAAAGACCAGGAUAUAUUUGAAAUAAAUGAAGCGGCAGGACUUGACCUGGUGGAAGGAGACAUUCUGAUAAAUGAGGGAGAAGACCGAAACACUAUUCUGGGUGAAAAGUAUCGUUGGCCGACCACUGUACCGUACGUCCUAGACAGCAGCCUUGACAUCAAUGCUAAAGGUGUGAUACUGAAAGCAUUUGAGCAAUUCAGACUCAAGACCUGUAUUGACUUUAAACCCUGGGGUAGAGAGCCAAACUACAUUUUCAUAUUUAAAGGCGAUGGAUGUUACUCAAAGGUGGGGAAUCGACAGAUUGGGAAACAAGAGUUGUCAAUUGGUGCAAAAUGUGACAGUUUAGGAACAGUGGAGCACGAGUUUCUGCAUGCGCUGGGUUUCUGGCACGAGCAGUCCAGAUCUGACAGAGACGACUAUGUCACCAUCAUGUGGGACCAGAUUCAAGAGGAUGAUAAGCACAACUUUAAUUCAUAUGAUGAAACUGUGUCAAGCUCUCUCGGUGUGCCCUAUGAUUAUGGUUCAGUCAUGCACUACAGUAAAACAUCCUUCAGCAAAGGCAGUAAGCCAACCAUUGUUACCAAAAUACCAGAAUUCUUGGAUGUGAUUGGUCAACGCAUGGAGUUUAAUGACAGUGACCUGCUAAAGCUGAACCGGCUAUACAACUGUACUACAGCCUCAACUUUUCUGGACUCUUGCCACUUUGAGGAGCCAAAUAUCUGUGGUAUGAUCCAGGGUGAUGGUGGAAAUGCCAAGUGGGCUCGUGUACAAAUGGUAGAGGGCGGUCCACAGACGGAUUACACCAACCUGGGUCAAUGUCAAGGAGUUGGGUUCUUCAUGCAUUUCAGCACAGCCACAGGAACCCAGGGUGACAAGGCUUACCUGCAAAGUCGCCUCUUUCACCCCAAAAGACGCUCCCAAUGCCUGCAGUUCUAUCACUACAACAGCGGGGGCGUUGAUGACCAGCUAAAAAUCUGGGUGCGUGAAUACACCGCUGAAAACCCUAAAGGAGCCCUGAGACUCAUUCAGAAGAUCAGUGGUGGACUUCAAGGCUCCUGGGAACUAUACCAUGUUACGCUAGAUGUCUCUGAUAAAUUCAGAGUGGUGUUUGAAGGAGUUAAAGGAAGAAAACCAUCAAAGAGUGGUCUGUCUCUGGAUGACAUCAACCUCUCAGAGACCAAGUGUCCUCAAUACACUUGGCGCAUUCGUAAUUUUACCAGCCUUCUCGCUACAACCCCUGCCGGUUCCAAAACCUACAGCCCUCGCUUCCUAUCCCCAGAUGGUUACUCAUUUCAGAUUGGCUUGUACAUUAAUGGCUUGAAGGAUAGUCCAAAUAAAAUGGCAAUCUACUUCCACUUGACCUCUGGACCCAACGAUGACAAUCUCCAAUGGCCAUGUCCGUGGCGUCAGGCAUCCAUGGAGCUGAUGGACCAGAAUCCAGACAUCCAACAUCGCAUGAACAACAUUAGGAUGAUCACUACAGAUCCAACCAAGACCUCCACUGACUGUAAGACACAAAGUUAUAGAUAUUAG